UUUUGACAGCCACAUACGUCACCACUUCUCUCCCGGAAUCGUCCCCGAAGGCUCUUCCCUCUCUGCCCAAAAUCCUCGGUUUUGUCCCUUGCCCCUUCCCCUCCGAGUUUGCCCCAAGACCGCGGAACCAUCGCCUUCGUUACCAAACCCUCGCGAUACAGUCGCGAUUAGAGCUAAUUGGGAAACUAAUGGAAGCAUGUUUUUUGAAUUUCGUUUAGAUAGCAGGCUUGUAGAUCAUUGUUAUCUCGGUUGUUGUUUGCCGGAGGAAACUAAUGGAAGUUGUUGCAUCGGCUCCCGGGAAGGUUCUCAUCACCGGCGGAUACCUAGUUCUGGAUAGACCCAAUUCUGGGCUCGUCCUUAGCACGAAUGCCCGAUUCUAUGCAAUAGUAAAGCCUCUGUACGAAGAGAUUGAACCCAAGAGCUGGGCAUGGUCUUGGACGGAUGUGAAAGUUUCAUCCCCGCAACUUCAUAGGGAGGCCACAUACAAACUAUCACUUAAGAAAUCAACGCUUCAGUGCACUACCUCAAGGAAUUCUGUGAACCCUUUUGUUGAGUAUGCAGUGCAAUAUGCGGUAGCAGCUGCUAGGGAAAUCUUUGUUGAAAAGGAGAAGAAGGAUGUGCUACAAAAGCUUCUACUGCAAGGUCUUGAUAUUACCAUCUUAGGAAGCAAUGCCUUCUAUUCAUACCGUAGGCAGAUUGAAGCACGGGGGUUACCUUUGACAAAGGAAACAUUGGCAACGCUUCCAUCCUUCUCUUCUAUUACAUUUAAUGUCGAAGAUUCUAAUGGUGCAGUUUCUGGAAGUUUCAAACCUGAAGUUGCGAAAACCGGAUUAGGCUCAUCUGCAGCAAUGACUACAUCGGUUGUUGCGGCGCUCCUUCAUUACUUUGGGCUAGUCAAACUUCCAUCUUCAUCUAAUUGUCUGACUGAACAAGAAGCAGCUGUGUCAAAUAUUGAUAUGGUGCAUAUUAUAGCUCAAAGUGCUCAUUGUUUAGCUCAAGGAAAAAUAGGCAGUGGAUUUGACGUUAGUGCAUCAGUUUAUGGCAGUCAACGUUAUGUUAGAUUCUCGCCUUCAGUUCUUUCUUCUGCUCAGGUGGAGGGAAAUUAUUUGCCUGAUGUCAUCUCUGAGAUUCUUAAUGCGAAGUGGGAUCACGAAGCAUCUAGAUUUUGCUUGCCCCCACUAAUGACACUUUUACUUGGUGAACAUGGCAGUGGAGGAUCGUCUACUCCAUCAAUGGUAGGUUCAGUUAAGCAAUGGAAGAAUUCUGAUCCCAAAAAUUCACUGGAAACAUGGACACGACUGGCAAAUGCUAAUGCAAAGCUUGAAGCUCUGUUGAAUUCAUUAAACAAAUAUGCACGGGAACAAUGGGCAAUUUAUAAACAUAUCAUGGAGACGUGCUCAAGUUGUGCACAUGGAAAGUGGCUGGAGCAAGCUGUUGAUCAUUAUCAAGAGGAAAUUGUGAAGUCACUCCUUGGAGCAAGAGAUACUUUCUUUGAGAUUAGAUUUCUUCUGCAGCAGAUGGGAAAAGCUGCUGGUGUACCUAUAGAACCAGUAUCACAAACCCAGCUUUUAGAUGCCACAAUGAAUAUGAAUGGUGUUCUGCUAGCUGGAGUUCCUGGAGCUGGUGGCUUUGAUGCUAUUUUCGCCAUCAUUGUCGGAGAAGCCACUGGCGGUGUCGCGAAGGCCUGGAGCUCAGCAGGUGUGCUUCCAUUGCUAGUUUGGGAAGAUCCUCGCGGUGUAGCUCUCGAAGAGGGCGAUCCCAGAAGUCGAGAAUUAUCUUCUGCCAUGUCAUCUGUCAACAUAUACUAGAAACAAGUUCAGAGUAUUUUAUCAUAAACGGUAUUUUGAAAAUAAUUGGCAGCUUAAAUGAAUUGUGGUAGAAUUGCGCUUGCCAUUUAAGCCUAUCUUUUCAUUUUCAUCUACACUUUUUUCACUGAAAUUAAUGUAAUUGUAUUCACUUAACAAUAAAAUUUAACUUAUUUCUC